GUCAGUCAAGGCGGAUGUGUGAUUCGUAUGGGUUGGCAAUGGGCACACUUUUUGUUUACAUACUAAUAGGAACCCUUUGGGGUGUUAGUGGACAAUGGAUAUUUCCAGACAAGUUACACAUGGAAUUCAGCACUGAGAUCAACAAACACUGCGGGGAGAUGCCAUACAGUGUGCGGGAUCGUCCAGCAUUCGGUCGAAUGUAUGAAAAUCCUUGGUUAGUGCUUUUACGCCACUCUGAAGACACAUUGCAUUUUUGCCACGGCACAUUGGUCAGUAAUAAAUAUGUGCUAACUACGGCUAAUUGUGGUAUAGCCGUGGUGACUAACGCGAACACCACCACACAACAACAAGCAACGGAGAUUAUUUUGGGUGAACAUGAUCUCAGCACUGAGAUAGAUUGUAUUACCCCAAGGAACUGUUCGCCACCUACUACCAGACGAACUGUAGAAAAAGUGAUUGUUCAUGAAAAUUUUACAAGAAACUUUUGGGAAAAUGAUAUUGCUCUGCUUCUCAUGAAUGGCUCUAUUCAAUUCGACAACAGUAUUCGUCCUAUAUGCUUACCGUUGGUAUCGAUAGUAGACAAUACUGAUGAUCAGCAGCAAACUAUAUACAAUACGGUCUGGUCGAAAGACAGCGUUCCAAGACAAAUUUGGAUGCGUAACGUGCCUACAGAUGUUUGUCGAAAUCAGAUAAGUUAUAUUUUUACUCUUAGCGCCGGUCAAAUAUGUGCCCGAAUCUUCUUUGAUAAAUUUUUGGACGAUAUGAGGGGAAGUGCCGGUUCUGCGUUGCAGGUAGAUUAUCAUGGUCGCAUAUAUCAGUAUGGUUUGUUAUCCGUAGGAUUCCACGACGUUAUUGGGAGGGCGCCAUAUGUUUAUAUAGACAUAGCACAGUACAUCAGCUGGAUUCAUGAUUCCAUAAAUGUUAAACCAUAAUCCAAAGCGUUUGGAACAUUAUAAAUUCUACUAAUAAACCGGACAAUUAGAAUUAUAUAGUACAAAAUCUAUGGAUUUGGCGAGAAGCAAAAUUACCAUAUAAUUCUGUCGUGCCAUACGGCGUUAACGAGUGCCCUAUGGCUAUUUGAUAGUAGUACAAGCAGCGCAGAAACACUAAACACAGUUUUAGCCAGAAGUCACGCGUUGUAGUAACAUACAAGGAAUGCUUUGAAGACGAUGCGACAAGCAGUAAUUUUUUUAUCCGGAAUUUCACAAAAAUACAAGAGCAACACUAGCAGGGAAGUGAAGUUUGUGAUAGACCGACCGUAUUAUUGAAUAAUUGAGCUAAUGCAAAACUGAGGAAUACUAAUCCGCAUACGUUGUUUAUACAUGCCAAUGUGGUAGCUACAACCAUCUGCACUCUGCAGAACCUUACCAGAUCACACCCGGACUGUUCCUCCCGGAUGCAGGACAGACUAUAGUUGCCAUGUCAGUAAAGAAAUACUAGAAAAUCUAAGUGUGCGAAUAAA